AUGGAAGCGUAUCGAGAGGACGACAUUUAUCUUUCUGAGCUCAGUCCCCCCCCGUCGCCAACGACCGAACGACCCUGCUCGACUUGCCCGGUCAAUGCCGAUGCCAAAGUGUAUGUCGCCAACGAAAGUGAUGUGAAGAACGGGAAGUCAAAUUUCAGGCUCAUUUGCUGCGGCUGUAUCUCUAUUGAGCUGGAGGAGAACACAGAGCGUUCUCGCAUUACUAUUACCAAUCUCGACGAUUCUACCGACAAACCCGUUCUUGAUACCUUCAUGACCCAUAAUACGUGGAUCUCGCAACCUGGUCAGGUCGGAAUGUGGCUUGCUCCGCGUGAUAACGGUCGUCUAGCAUAUCUAGCCUAUCUCUUUGUCUUUAACAAGGAUGACGCUGCGAGAAAUUUUGUCGCCGCAGCGAACCACCUACUUCAGCAUGACAAAACGGUCAAGAAGAACCAAUUGAAGGAGGAGCAGGCGGCCCUUGAUCUUUCUGCAUCAGAGCACCGGAUUUACCUGAUCAAUUCAGUGCCACUUGCUUUGGCUUGCGGGGUUGGUCUCAUAUUGUCCAUCGUCGGCAUCCCCCUCACCAACGGGAACUCUGCAUAUCAAGCGGUUGAAGCUUUCGAGUUGAUCAUUUUCGUCUUUUCUGCUCUGUGGUGGAUAUUGGCUACCAUCUCCCAUCGUGACUUCUUCCUUCAUCAGACUCGGGUAUGGGCUUGGUUUAUGGGCAUCGGAUUUAUCCUCCAAGCUGCGAUUUUUUCCGGGUGGAUGGCCGCUGUACAUGCAUCGCUAGACUGCCCACCACUUCCUCAAUGCGAGACGACUCUUGGCGGCAUCUGCCCUCAGGAUCAGCUUGAUAUCUAUAACGACAUUUUGAUCUGUCAAGUCAAUUGGGGUCUCUUAGGCGCCAACAUUGCCGUUUUUACUCUCGAAUUUUGCGCUAUAUUGACCGUGUUAAUCAUGCGUGUCGUCCCGGCAAUACAAUCACCAGAACGCGGCAUAUGGUACGCCAGCGUGUAUUCGUACGCUGAGAUCAACUGGCGCUUCGUGCCUUGCCCGAAUACGGAGAGAAAGCUGACUCGGCUCGGUUUGAUCAAGUUCAUCCCUUUCAUUCAUCCCUCGUUCCGUCAGCCACAGCCUCCUACGGUCAGGAUUACCACUCUCCGCGAACCCGACAGUCCGGCUACGAUGACGACAUUUUCCCACGACAAGGGCGACUGGCUCAAGAUGAAGGGGUUAUCCGGGCCGGCCAGUGCCCCGACAGAAACCACCGACAAUGCUAGCUCUCGCAGAUCUUCCUUAGUGUAGCAGAAAGCCGAUAGGCUGGAUGUGUUUUCUCAACUUAAUUCCUUGCGUUGUUU